AUGGAUUCUGUUGCUGGAUUUCAUCUCGAGGAAAUGGAUGGUAAACCAUUUCUGGUAUACCACCAUCCAAAGUACCACCCAAUGCCACAAACACAAAGCCUAACCUCCUCAAGUGAAACAACCAGCCACAACCAGCCUCUUCAACCUCUUUUCCUAUGCCCUCUUGCACGAUGGAAUAAAGACGCUCCUAUACCGUUUUGUAACUCUUUUCCUAUCAAUUCUUCCCCCGAGUACAUCCUCUCUACACCAACAUUUCGUUAUCAUCCUGUACGUCCCUUGUAUAGGUGCAACAAUAAAGAUUUCAAUGUCGAUGCUGAUGAGUGCCAACUAUGCAAUGUAUCAAAUUUUGGUACAAUCUUUUAUUUUUGUGAAUACCAUCACGAAACAUACCACAAAGAAUGCGUGGAGUCUCCAGCUAAAAUUAAACAUCCUUACCAUCCUGAACAUUCUCUCCAACUUUAUUGUGAUUUUAGUGGCAGGAAUACUGAGUGUUUAUAUUGUGGAGAAAGAGGGAUAGAUAUGGUAUAUUAUUGUACCAUUUGUCAGGUUUUCAUGCAUCCUGUCUGCAUGAUGAAACCAAUACUCUUCGUUAUAGACCAACCAAAAAGGCAUAACCAUCCCCUAACCUUUUUUCCUAGACAAACCUCCUUAACUUGUAAUGUUUGUGGUUUGUUGAGAAAAAGUUCCCUCACCUACGUUUGUCUCAUAUGCAACUUUGUAGCUCAUAAAGAUUGCAUGUAUUUCCCACACAUUAUCAAGAUAUCACGUCAUCACCAUCGUAUCUCUUACACUUCUUCUCUUCAAUCAAGAGAGUGGUCUUGUGGAGUUUGUCGUCAAAGGGUUGACUGCGAUUAUGGUGCUUAUACUUGUGACAAAUGUAGUGAUUAUGCUGUUCAUUCAAGAUGUGCUUUAGGAAAAAAUGUAUGGGAUGGAGAAGAACUCGAAGGUGUACCAGAAGAAGAUGAUGUAACACAAGAUGCUAGGCCAUUUGAUAUUAUAUCUGAAGGAGUAAUACUUCAUUUUCUUCAUGAUCAUCAUCUCCGGUUCGAGGUCAACAUACUUUACGAUGAAAACAAGCUUUGUCAAGCGUGUGUCCUUCCAAUCUUUGAAGGUAACUAUUAUUCUUGUAUUGAGUGUGAGUUCAUCCUCUAUGAAACAUGUGCUAUGGCUCCCCGUAGAAUACAACAUGCAUUACAUCCUCAUCUGCUUAUAUUGAAGAUUGCUACUGAAUAUGAAAAUGGUUACUUUGAGUGCAAUGCUUGUGAUCGUAUUUGUGGUGGGUUUGUCUAUGAAUGUUACAUAGAGGAUUGCGAAUUCGACUUAGAUGUGAGGUGUGCUUUAAUCUCUGAGCCGUUUGAUUACAAAGUUCAUGAACACCCCUUGUUCCUAGCUUUGGACCCAAUAAAAAAACCAAUAUGUGAGGUAUGCAAAAUAGAAUGUCACAAACAAUUAAAUUGCAUCAAAUGCAAUUUUAUUAUAUGUUUCAAGUGUGCUACUUUACCAUAUAAAGCAAUGUAUAAGUAUGACAAACACUUUCUCACAGUUUUAUGUGGUGAAGAAAUAAAUGAGAAUGAUUGUUGUGAGGUAUGUGAACGCGAUUUAAGAGACACAUGUAUAAAGGUAUUCUAUUGGUGUAAGGAGUGUUGCACCACUUUUCAUACUGAAUGUUUAUUUGGUGAAGACCCAUAUAUGAAGCCUGGUCAAUCUUAUUACACAAUGGGAAAGGAGUUCCAAAUUUUUGGCAAAAGCAAUAUUUCUCGACCAUUUUGCCAUUAG